AUGUCAAUAGGUGUAGCAAUUAUUGGUGGUGGGAUCUUUUCACUUACCCCGCUAGAGCCAGCAGUCCAAGCUGCCAGUUCACACCUCACCCUCAAAGCCAUUUAUUCGCGGUCAAUAAAGUCGGCAAAAGCGUUAGAAGCCAACGUGGAUCUUUACUCGGACGACUCAGGGUCUGGCAAUACCUACUACGAUCUCCUUCUCCGAGACGAUAUUCAAGCCGUAAUCCUCGCACUUCCUAUCCCCGCCCAACCAGAAUACGUCGAAGCCGCUCUAGCAGCAGGAAAGCAUGUCCUGUCAGAAAAGCCAAUUGCGAAAGACAUUACCAGUGCGCAAAAGUUGAUUGACUACUACAAGAGCGAUAAAGUUAAGGGUGGCGCAACAUGGGGUGUCGCAGAAAACUUCAGAUUCUUGGAUAGCUUCCUUUUCGCCAGACAAGAGGUCCAGAAGCUUGGCAGAGUUUUAGGCUUCAGAGUAAAGAUGUUCGGAAACGUUCAGCCUGGUUCUAAGUACUUCGAAACGGCAUGGCGAAAAAAGCCAGAAUACCAGGGUGGUUUUCUACUUGACGGUGGUGUACAUUUUAUUGCUGCUACCAGACUGCUACUAGGAGAGGAGGCAACUCCUACAGCUUUGACAGCUUUCACUACCCUUCUGCAGGAGCAUCUCCCUCCCGUGGACACAGUAAAUUCCGUUUGGCAGACCAAGACAGGGAUAUCCGGCACUUUCUCCGUCUCCUUUGGCACUACCCUUUCUGGUAGUGAGUACGUUAUUGCGUGCGAAAAGGGGAGUGUCGCAGUCGAAUUUAGCAAAGUCACAGUUCGAUUGGGAAUGGAGAAAGACAAGAAGGAAACAGUAAAGGAGUUUAAGGAAGAGGGAGCCGGCGUGAAACAAGAAGUCGCUGCUUGGGCGAAGAGUCUCUCUGAAGGAACUCCAAAUCCAGGCCAGGCUCCUGAGCAGGCUCUUGCGGAUCUUGAGAUAUUAGAGAAGAUGCUCAAGAGUGGUGAGAAUCAAGGCGCGGCCCAGAGCUUGAAAUAUCAGUUGUAG